UCACCUCCUUUUCUCUGUACACACACACACACACACACAUAUAUAUAUAUAUAUAUAUAUAUAGAAAGAGAGAGAGAGAGAGAGAGUUCUGAAAAGGGGAUUUGAAACUGUUUGUUUAUCUCUGUUACUGAAGAAAUUAAGUUACAUGAAAUGAAAUUGAACACAGAAAAGAAUAUGGAAUGGCCUACGGUUUUGGAUGAAUAUGAAAAACUUGUUUUUCGUAUGACUACUCCCAGGUCAUAAAGGGAGCCUUGGAGCAACAAUUCAUGUGGCCUAUAGGCUAUAGGUCAUAGGUUCGAGCCGUGGAAGCAGCCACUAAUGCUUGUUUUUAGGAGUCAUGAUCGACAAUGCUGGUUGUUCAAAUGGCACCUGCAUUAUGAUUGAUAGUGCGAGGAAACAUGGAAUUCUUCUUGAAGCAGUUCAAGUUCUCACGGAUCUCAAUCUUUCAAUAAAGAAAGCUUACAUCUCUUGCGAUGGUCAAUGGUUUAUGGACGUUUUUCACGUUACUGACUUGGAUGGUAACAAGUUAACGGACAAAAGUGUCAUCAGUUACAUCAAACAGUCACUUGGGAGAACCUAUUAUGCAAGUUCGAAAAGUUAUGAUGGCUUGACAGCUCUGGAAUUAACUGGCACCGAUCGUAUUGGCCUUUUAUCUGAGGCUUUUGCUGUACUAUCAGAUUUACAGUGCAACGUUGUUGAAGCUAAAGUGUGGACUCACAAUGGUCGAAUUGCCUCCCUGAUAUAUGUAAAGGAAAGCGAUACAGGAUUCCCCGUUGAGGAUUCCCAGAAGAUUGACAGAAUCGAAGUGCGUCUAAGGAAUGUGCUUAAGGGGGAUAAUGAUAUUCGUAGCGCUAACACAUCAGUGUCUAUGGCUGUCACACAUACAGAAAGAAGACUUCACCAAAUGAUGUAUGCGGACCGUGAUUAUGAAAGAAAGCCAGUGAUUAGGACUAGCAAUGACGCCCCGAUAGUAUCGGUGAUGAACUGCUUGGAAAAGGGUUAUUCCGUGGUAAAUAUUCAGUGCAAAGAUCGAACUAAGCUUUUAUUUGAUCUUGUUUGCACGUUAACAGACAUGCAGUAUGACGUGUUCCAUGCCACAGCUAAUACAGCUACGGAUAGGGCAUACUUGGAAUUCUUUACUAGGCAUACGGAUGGAACCCCAAUUAGUUCGGAUGCUGAAAAGCAACGUGUUAUUCUAUGUCUACGAGCUGCAAUUGAAAGAAGAACAUCUGAGGGAGUGAGGCUUGAGCUAAGCACUGGAGACAAACAAGGAUUAUUGGCCAAUGUAACGAGAACUUUCCGAGAAAAUGGCCUAAAUGUGACAAGGGCUGAGAUAUCAACCACAGGGGAAUCGGCUCUAAAUAUGUUCUACGUAACAGAUGCAAGGGGGAAUCCAGCCGAUUCAAAUAUCAUUGAGGCUGUUAGGCAAAAGAUUGGAUGGAGUGACUUGAAAGUGAAGGAAUUUCCAUUGAUCAAUCAUCAAAAGGUUGAUACAGACGAGCCGACAGCUGGUGUAGGUGGGGCUAUGUUGCUGUCACUUGGUAGCAUAUUUAGAAGGAAUCUGUACAACUUGGGGUUGAUCAAUUCAUAUUCUUGAAGCAAGAAGAAUAAAUCUUAUCAUACCAACUUACCAAAAAGAAGAUUGCGAGAAGUUCAUAUUUCUCGGAAUUCACACAAUGGAAGUCUCAAAGGACACCUAAUUUCAGCACAACUUGGGGGUUGAUCAAGUUAUAUUAUUGAAGCAAGAAGAAUGAAUCUUCUCAUGCCAACUUACAAAAAGAGAAUGCGAGAAGUUCAUAUUCCUCCGAGUUCACAUUAUGGAAGUCUCAAAGGACAACUAAUUUCGGUGGCCUGUGUACAUAGCUUAAAGAUUACUGUAAAGUCAUUAGUUGUUUUAAUAGUAGGCGGAUGGUAAUCGAGGCCACUUUUUGCCUACCAUAGCGAUAGCUAGGAACAGUUAGAAUUUGAAACAUAGAGCAGGAGACAAAAGCAAUGUAACAUAAAUGUUGUUUGGCCAGGGAUGGGUGUACAACAACAACGACUCAAUUCCAAGCAACUCGACACAUGAAUCUUCACUGUCUACGUGCUCCUUUUAACCAAGCAGUGGAUGGGUAUGCAACAACAACUCCCCCGUCUGGAGAAAGUUGGGGUUGGCAACAUGAAUUUUCACUGUCUAUGUCGCUUCAUUGAAGCAGAUAGUGGACGGUAUUGCAAGAACAAUGCUUCAAUCCCAAACAAGCUGGGGUCUUCUACAUGGAUAUUUACUGUCUAUGUCGUUCCAUUUAAGCAGGCAGUGGAUCGGUAAUGCAACAACGCUUCAAUCUCAAGCAACUUGGGCUCAGCUACAUAAAUUUUCACUGUCCAUGUCGUUCUAUACAGCAAUGCCUCAAUCUCAAGCAACUUGGGGCCGGCUAUAUAAAUAUUUAUUGUUCAUGUCGUUUCAUUUAAGCUGGUGGAGAAUGGUUAUGUGGUGACAAAAUUUGUUUGGUGGAGCAGAGGCAGGGGCACAAACAGUGAUAUACUAGAAAGGUUAGGCUGUAGACAGAGAAGUUGGUUUCAGACACUACAUUUGUAUAUAACUGCUAAUUUUAUAUGCUGCCUUUAAUGUUUGACUUCAUUUAGAUGCUUCUAA